AUGACGUGGACGAUUAAAUUCUCAAACUCACGCCAGCAGCCAUAUUUCUUUAAUUCGGAGACGAGGGAGAGCGUCUGGGAGGCACCGGGGAAUCUAACUCAGGAAGAAAUCAAGUCGCUGGCUGGAUAUGAGUUGUUGGCGGGUGGUGCGGGUGGCGCAGGUGAAGCGCCACAAAAAGUACGCGCGUCGCACCUUCUCAUCAAGCACAACAAGUCAAGAAGGCCUUCGAGCUGGAAGGAGGCUAACAUUACUCGCUCAAAGGAAGAAGCCCUCGCUCAGCUGAGAGAGCUGCAAUCAACCCUCUCGCAGUACCACGCUCAUGAACUCGCCGCCGUCUUCUCGAAACUCGCACACGAACACUCUGACUGCUCCUCUCACGCUAAAGGCGGUGACUUGGGUAGAUUCAGCCGUGGUCAGAUGCAGAAACCAUUCGAAGAUGCCUCGUUUAACAUUGGUGUCUUACAGUUAUCUGACAUCAUCGAUACUGAUUCUGGUGUCCACUUGAUAUUAAGAUUGGAGUGA